AUGUUCUCCAUGGAAACGUACUCCUCGUCCUCGUCCAGCUCCUCCGGCGCCCCCGUCAUCUGUUUCUCCACGUACAUGGCCAUGCGCACCAAAUACGUCUCCACCACGUGCGAGGAGUACUUUUGGUUGCACAGAGCGACAAAAUGGCCGUUGAAUGCGCUGGACAGCUGUUUCAUCUGUUUUUCCGUGGCCACCAGAAUCAGCCGUUCUACCAGCUUCGAGCAAAUCUGGUUCGUCACCAGUUUCAGUUCCUUGCCCUUGGCUUCCUCGAAAACACUCGCCACAAACGCUUCUCUUUCCUCGCUGCUACUGAAAGCGUUCACGUUCAGCGUGGACUCGGCCUGUUUGAAGUACUCGAGCUCGGUCGAGUCGAGCAGCCCAAAGAAUGGCGUCACCUCCUGCGGCUCCGGCUCCACAACGGGCUCCACAGCAAAAAAUCUUUAUUAUCUUGGCUCCAGUCUCUGUUUGAUGGAUAUCGACCCUGAAUUUUCGCCUUCGCCCGAACACUCGCCCGAAAGCGACCACGAGGACGGCAAGAAGCCGUCGGACCCAUUGAAGGGCGCGAAUGGCGGCUACGCGUGGGAAGACGAGUACCGACGCUCCUGGGACAUUGUCCAGGAGGACGAGAGCGGCAGCAUCGAGUCGAUCGUGUCCGGGCUCAUGGAGUCGCAGAAAAAACGGUACUUGAAGAACAUCACGCCGUUCCAGCGAGGAAUCAUCCGGACGAUGGUGCUGGUGCUGGAUAUGUCCAACGUGAUGAUGGAAAAAGACUUUAGACCCAACAGGGCCUCGGUGAUGAUUCAGAACGCGAUCGAGUUUGUGGGCGAGUUCUUCGACCAGAACCCGAUCUCUCAGCUCAGCGUGGUGAUCAUGCGCAACGGAAUCGCCCAGCUGGUGUCUGAGGUGAGCGGCAACCCGCACGACCAUAUCGAGGCCUUGAAGGGCAUCCGCAAACUAGAGCCCCAGGGCAACCCGUCGCUGCAGAACGCCUUGGAGAUGUGCCGCGGACUUCUACUUCACGUGGCGUCGCAUUGCACGCGCGAGGUGCUGGUCGUGUUCGGCGCCCUGUUCACGUCAGACCCGGGCAACAUCCAUAAAACGAUCCAGGACCUGGUCAAGGAGAAAAUCACCGUGAGGGUGAUCGGACUCACUGCACAGGUGGCCAUCUGCCAGGAACUGUGCCGAUUGACCAACUACGGCGACCUUAAAAACUCGUAUCACGUGGUGCUGUACGAGCAGCACUUCAAAGACCUGUUUAUGGACGCCGUGACUCCAUUGGCCGUGACCAAAGUGGAGUCCCAGAAAACAGACGGGUUCACCUUGGUCAAGAUGGGGUUCCCGUCGCGUGUGAGCGACAACCAGCCCACGUUCUGCUCGUGCCAUUCCAAGGCCGUCUACGGUGGCUACAUCUGUCCGAAUUGCAAGAGCAAAGUGUGCGUGCUACCAACGGUUUGUCCGUGCUGCGACUUGAUGCUGAUCUUGUCAACACACCUGGCACGGUCGUACCACCAUCUGUUCCCGCUCAAGCUGUUCAAAGAGGUGCCCGUGAGCGAAACGUACACAUCUACACACUGCUUUGGCUGCCAAACGCAGUUCCCCAAGGGAGCCAAAGGGGACAGCAACACGAACGUGCGCGAGUACCAAACCAGCUCGCGGUACCAUUGCCAGGACUGCGGCCAAGACUUCUGCAUCGACUGCGACGUGUUCAUCCACGACGCGCUGCACAACUGCCCCGGCUGCGAGGCCGAUAGCAGGAAGCUGUAA